AUGUCUGCACUAUCUGUAUCGGUGUUUUUCCUGUUCGUGUUGCACUCGGUGACGGCAUGGUCUGGCGGCGUGACCUUCUACAAUAAUCGUUGGCAUGACAAGAGUGGGGGCACAUACAAGUACGUCAUCGAUGACUCGCAGCAGUGCAUCAAUCUGAGCUGCUACGACAACCGAGCUACAUCUGUCAAGUGGAAAGGGCUGGUAAAGUGGGGCGCCUUUGACGGCAAGUCUCGCAUCGCGUUCUACACUAGCAAGAACUGCACGGGCACGGUCCGCCACUGGGAGAUCGAAGACCCGGGUUCGUUCCCUGGUAAUUUGUUUCUCGAUGGCAUCGACGACGACAUCACUUCGUUCAUGAUCUGGCAGUUUAAUAAGGAGGCAAAAUCGUAUACUCUGCCGUGUCCGUGGGACUUCAAGUGCUGCUUGGGAUGA